AUGGGCAGGUGCGGGCAGCGCCGGUCGUUUGUUGUACGAUUCAGUCGGGUCCGUAGUGGUCGAGCUGUACGUAGUCAGACUGCUCUUCUGGGCUGGUCAUCAGUAGGGGACGGCACUGCCAUCCCUUCGCCCCCGACAUCUGCCCCUAAGCAUAGCAUUGCUCACAGUGUGACUCUAGGAGGCGGGUGGCGACAGGCACCUCUCAGCUCCGCGGAGGACAGUAGCUCUGUGAUGUGCUUGUGGUUUCAGAUGUGGGUGGCCCGUGUCCGCCUGCUCAGACUUAUCUCCUGGAUCAGCCAGGACCUCUUGUUCGGGUGCCGAGAGACACAGCUGGCCGAGCCUGGGUUCGGUCUGUCACCUUGGCUGUCACCCAGCUGGUCCACUGGCUCCCAUCCUUCCGGCUCUUACCGUCCCUACUCCAUCAACAUCGUGAGUGUCCUCACAUACCCUGUGCACAGCAGGCUCUGGGAUCCCCCUGCUUCCAUACGCCACAGGCUCCUGCUGCUGCUGGAGAGAGUGUGUCUCCCUCCAGAGAGAAGAGAAGACACUACUGGACAAGGUUUGCUUAACGAGCAGACUCCUACCCUCCUCUUCUGUGGGCUUUGUUGGCCCCUGCAGAGGAUGGCAGUAAAGCAGGUCCUGGUCCCCUGGUUCCUGAUCUACACCUGUGUCUGCUCUUGCAUCUGCUGGGGAGUCCCUGUCCCAGAGCAGGGAGCAGGGCCGAAGGCUGGGACGUUCACCUGCCUCAGCAACAGCCUCUUCAGGAUUGAUUGCCACUGGUCAGCUCCAGAAGUGGGCCUGGAAUCCAGGGCCUGGCUCAUCUUUACCAAGUGCCCGUUCCAGGGCAGUGUGUGCACCCUCACGCUUCCCCUUAAGGAGGUGUUGGUGCCCACUGACGUCUUCACCAUCACUUUGUACCACGGCGUCAUGGGGCAGGAGCAGGUCAGCUUGGUGGACUCGCAGUUCCAGCCAUGGAGGCACAUUAAGCUGGAUCCCCCCUCGGAUCUGCAGAGCAAUGUCAGCUCUGGGCGCUGUGUCCUGUCCUGGAGCAUCCAUUUUGCUCUGGAGCCCUGGAGCUCAGACCUCAACUAUGAGCUGGCCUUCAAGAAGCAGGAAGAGCCCUGGGAGCAGGCCCGGCACAAGGACCGUAUUGUUGGAGUGACCUGGCUCAGCCUUGAAGCUGUCGAGCUGAACCCUGGCUCCAUCUACGAGGCCAGACUGCGUGUCCAGAUGACUUUGCUGGAGGAGGAUGACAUGGCAGAGGAGAGAUACUAUAAGAGCCAUUGGAGUGAGUGGAGCCAGCCCGUGUCCUUUCCUUCUCCCCAGAGAUGGAGACAGGACUUCCUGCUCCCAUCCUGGCGGUGGUCGGAUAGCGUCCUUGUUGCUAUGUCCAUCUUUCUUCUGCUGACCGGCCUUAUUCGCCUUCUGUUCAAGCUGUCCCCCAGGGUGAAGAGAAUCAUCCACCAGAACGUUCCCUCUCCAGCACCUUUCUUCCUUCCUCUCUACAGUGUGUACAAUGGGGACUUCCAGACCUGGACAGGGGCCCACAGAACCGGACUGCAACCAAGACGGAAUGAUGCCGGCACUCCAUUAGGAGGCUCAGAGUCCAGCAUCUGGGAGGCCAUUACAUCCCUCACCUACAGUCCAGCGUGCCCUGUGCAGUUUUCCAGCCUGCCGUGGGAAGGCGCAGGCCCUGGCUUCUCCGGGCCACCAGGCUUGGCGCAUGUGCUGCCCGCAGUGUGUCUGGAGCUGGAAGGACAGCCAUCUGCCUACCUGCCCCAAGAGGGCUGGGCUUCUCCGGUCUCCGUCCGACCACCUCCUCUGGACUCAGACGGGGGCAGCAGCGACUAUUGCAUCUUGAACUCCUGUGAGGAGCUCCGUCCCUCAGCCUUCCCAGAACACACCCAGAGCCCUGAGCUCACACAGCCCCAGCCUGUGGCCCUUCCUGUGUCCAGCAGGACCUGACCCCUAUCCAGGGAUGUGGGCAUUUUCUUUCCUCCUACCCUGGGAGGGCACUAGACUCAGUCUCAGCCUGCCUCAGCCGGAUGGACCAUGUCUGCUUUGGGGAGGUGAACUGAAGACCCUGGGACUGCCCCUUGGGUGGCUGUGGAACCCCAGAGAGGAGACAGCUGUGCAUUGGUCAGAGGCCACAUGGAUGGAAGCAGCAGGCUGUUCCUCAUGGCUCUGCCCUGUCCUGUGGUGGGGAGGCCUCCACACUCAGCCCCUGAGUCAGGCUUCCUUCUCUCCUCUUCUUGGCUUUGUCCCAGUUCGGAAAGGAGCAUGUGGUGGGUAGCGUGGUCUGUCCUCAUAACCUUAAAGGGUUAGCCUGGGCCAAGAGGACCCUGCUGAGACAGUAUGAACAGGUGAAGUUCCUUUUUUUGGUCCCUUCCUGAGGUGUCUUCCCCACUAGGACUGAAAGGGAUAUUUUUGACUGUUCCAGACUAUGGAUGGCUGGGGUUGGGGAGAACGGUGGAACUCUGAGUGAGCGGGCUGUCCAUCUCUGAGACCAGCAAGAUGGAGUCUCGCUGAAUGAUUCCAAGAAGUCUUACCAUCUGUAUUAGUCACUGUUUGGUUGCCGUGAUAAAAACACCGUGACCAAAAGUGACUAAGAGAAGCAAGCGUUUAUUUUAGUUUAAGGUUCCAGAGGCCGAGGAAUAUAUCAGUGCAGAGAUGUCGCAGCAGAAGCAGGAAGCUGAGAGCUCACAUCUUAAAAGUGCGAAGCAGAUUGAACUGGAAGUGAUGUUUUCUUCCUCAAGCAAGGCUUUGCCUCCUAGGUUCCGCUGUCUACCCACACAGUGCCUCCAGCGGGGGACUGAGUGUUCGCACACAUGAGUGAGCCUAUGGGGGGACAUUCUCAUGCAACCCACCUAACUGUUCCUCACUGUUCCUAGGAGAAAGACCAAAGCCACUAGACAGAUUGGAAGUGGCUACUCCUCAGCGACUGUGGCCCGAGAGGAGCACCAAUCCCUUACUGCCUUGUGGAGUGCUCCAGAGGGGAUGACGGGCAGAUGACAGGCAGUCCAGACUGUGGUUGAUAUUUUCCUAGGCCUGCCCUGACAGAGCAGCAGGAACCCGGCGGCUAAUACCGUAGAUUUGCUUUCUCGCGGACUGAUGUUCAGGGGUCUGGGUUGCAGAUGCCAAGAGCGCCAUGCUCCCUUGGAGCUUGCUUUAAGUCUUGCUUCGCAUUUGUUUCCUUCUGAGCAACCUCUUCCGUACUGAGACUAGAUGCUACCCCAAUGGGAGGGCGGCGUCUGCCUGAGACCCUCGUAGUGAGCAGAGAUUGUGGUCCAGUGGGCAGAAUUGAGCUGGUGGACGCGUUUGCACAGCUUUGGGACCUUAAAGCACUGACCCAACAGGAGCCCUCUUGAUCCUUUGAGGUUUUUAAGGGAUAAGCCUAGAAACAAUGGUAGCGCGAGGAUGAUUUCUGAGGCCAUAACAAUGUGCAGGAGAUAGCGAAACUACUGCGUGGUGGG